UCCCCAGCCCGGCCGGCUCCUCCGGCCAUGCACUGCCAAGGCGAGAUGCGGCAGCUGAAGGCAGCCAGGCGGCGCUACAAGACCUUCAUGAUCGACGAGAUCCUCUCCCGGGAGACCUGCGACUACUUCGAGAAGCUCUCCCUCUACUCCGUCUGCCCCUCGCUCGUCGUCCGGCCCAAACCGCUCCACUCCUGCACCGGUUCCCCUUCUCUGAGGGCCUAUCCUCUCAUCUCCGUCAUCACCAGGCAACCCUCUGGAGUCUCCCACUUCAUCCCCGCAGCAGGCGCUUCUCGAGUCCUGUCUCCCCACCCACCUUCAGGAAGCAACUGCUCAGAGACACAGGCCAGUGAAACUCACGGGAGCAGCGAAUCAGAGACGGAGCAGCCCACCCCGCGCUUGAAAAAGCCUCGCCGCAGCCGGACCAUCUUUACGGAACUGCAGCUCAUGGGGCUGGAGAAGAAAUUUCAGAAACAGAAAUAUCUAUCCACUCCAGACAGGCUGGAUCUUGCCCAGUCACUGGGCUUAACUCAACUCCAGGUGAAGACUUGGUAUCAGAAUCGCAGGAUGAAAUGGAAGAAAAUGGUUCUGAAAGGUGGCCAGGAAGCUCCCACGAAGCCCAAAGGCCGCCCCAAGAAAAACUCUAUCCCCACCUCAGAAGAGAUUGAAGCUGAGGAGAAGAUGAACAGCCAAACUCAGAAGCAGGCCUCGGAGGGAGGCCAGGCAGUGGAAGAGCCUGACUCAACCAAGGAGCAAUUAGACACCCCCUCAGAGACAGCGGAGGCCCCUGAACACACACCAGAAACCUCCCCAGAGGAGACAACAUCAAGUUAAAAGAGAGAGAGAGAGAAAGUGAGCUGGGGGGAAAAGAAAGAGAACAAUGUAUAAACCGGAAGCGUGUAUACUUUGUGCCUUACGAAAUCAACCAAAUGCCAUGGGUCGCUGAGGAGGAGAGUGACCCAAUGUAAUCAGUGACAAUUUCCCCCUUUCCCCAGGUUGUGUGUACAACAGAUAUCAUGGGGCAGGGGGCCCUGAGUGCUUCUCCACAUGUGACUGCAUGCUUAGAAACUUGAGACUCUGGAGGCACCAGAGAAGCUGAAACCUCCCUUAGCUGUCCGAAGAUGCUCUUUUGUGACAGCACUAUGCCAGAGAGAUUGGUUCAUUGUCUUGCCAUUAUCAUCCUGACUUUCAAAAUGGGUACAGAACAGCCACUGCUGAGAAGCGAGGGCUUUCUGUUUUCUGGCAGAGUUUUCUUCUGUAACCAGCACUUAAUUGGGGAAGGGACAAAGCAUUUUAUAGAGGGUGUCUAAAACGUGCAAUGUGGGUAUCUACCAUUCUAAAAAAAGCUAUUGAGGGGAGAUAGUGUUGCCAACUUUGGGUUGAGAAGUUCCCAGAGAUUUGGGGUGGAACUUGGGGAAGGGGCACAGGUUGGGAUGGAAAGGAGCCUUAGCUGCUCAUAAUGCCAUAGAUUUCAUCCUCCAAAGCAGCUGUUUUCUCCAUGGAAACUGAUCUCUGUAGUCUGGAGAUCAAUUGUAUUUCUUGGAGGUCUCUAAGCCCUACCUGGAGAGGCUGCAAACUCUGAGUUGGGAAAUUCCUGAUUUUGGGGACGGGGGGGUUGGAACCUAGGGAGGCCAGGGUUUGGGUUGUGGAAUGUCAUAAAGCCCACCCUCCAAAGCAGCCACUUUCUCCAGGGGAACUGAUCUCUGGCAUCUGGAGAUCAGUUGUAAUUCUGGGAGAUUUGAGUUGCUAGCUCUUUGUUGGGAAAUACCUGGAGAAUUUGGGGGGUGGAGCCUGGAGAAGGCAGGGUUUGAGGAAGUAAGGGAUCUCAGCAGGGUAUAAUGCCAUACAGUCCACCCUUCAAAACAGCCAUUUCUUCCAGGGGAACUGCUCUUGGUUGUCUGGAGACCAAUUAUUAUAGCAGGAGAUCAUCAGAUGCCACCUGGAGGUUGGUAACCCUAGGAGAUCUCUAGGCUCUAUAUGGAGGUUGGCAUCCCUAAGAACAUUUGGAUUUGUGUGUUUCAGGAAGAUCUACAGCUGCUGUCAGGCUUGUGGAACCCAGUGCAAGGGGGGUUGGAGACUUCCAAUGGAGCAAGGAGGGCAAAGAAAACAGCAGCAGUAGAACCAACCAUUAGUCGGGCUGCACUAUCCAGUGUAUUGGGUCCGUGGAAGCAGAGGCAGGCAAUCGCAAACCACCUCUGCCCAUCUGUUGCCUAGAAAACCUGCAGGGUUGCUAUAAUUCAGUUGUAACUUGGCAGCACUUUCUAUUAUCAAGUUCAGUCGAACUUGUUCUCAAACCUGAAUUAAUCCAUGAGAUAUGCAGAUAUUUGUAUAUGAAUAAAAACAAUUGUUUGGAAUGGUUCUGGGGAAAUUGUUUUUUAAAGGACGUUAUUAUUUUAGAGUCAUUAUUUUUUAAAAAAAUAACAAAUACAGUGCUGCAACUUUUAGCUGCCAUUGUGCAAGCAGGGUUAUUUUUUUUACAGAAAGUUUUUCACAGUUGUAUGAUGUUAUUUUGGGUGGGGGUUAUCGGUUCUGCCGAGCUUCCACAUCAGUUAAUCUAAACAAUCUGUGAGCUGAAAGUUGCGGCGCUUGUUUGUUGUCAUUGAAAAA